AUGGUUCGCCAGGAGUCCUCCUUGCCCUACUCCCUGGCAAGCCCAGGUACCCGGGCAGCUUCUGUUGUCAUCGAAGCUUUUUGUGGAGAUUUCAGACUGUUGGUGGGACCCGACAGCCUUAUGUGGGACAUCCCCGUGAAUUCCGAGCUCCCUCCCACGUAUAAGCCGGGGUGGGUAAGGUAG